AUGGAAGCUUGUUUGAGAUGUACACGAGGAAGCUAUCUCAUUGAAGCAUUGAGACCAAUCGGCAGAUUCUCCGGUUCACUCCGCUCUUCUUCUGUCUCUUUCAGCACCGGCAAGCCGAUUAAGAGAGCUUAUGAUGGAUUGUUGCUUGAUGCUGGAGGAACUCUUUUGCAACUGUCAAAACCUGUCCAUGAAACUUACGCUUCCUUGGGCCAAAAAUACGGUCUCAAGACAAGUCCCGCUGAGAUCAAGCAAGGUUUCAAGAGAGCUUUUGCUUCUCCUUGGCCUGAGAAGUUGCGUUACCAGGGAGAUGGAAGACAGUUUUGGAAGCUGGUUGUGUCGGAAGCUACUGGUUGUUCUGAUAAUGACUACUUUGAAGAAGUCUACCAAUACUACGCGAAUGGUGAGGCGUGGCAUCUCCCAGAAGGAGCUUAUGAGACAAUGUCACUACUAAAAGAUGCUGGAGUUAAGCUGGCUGUUGUGUCUAAUUUCGAUACCAGGCUCAAAAAGCUAUUGAAGGAUCUUAACGUCAUAGAUAUGUUCGACGCUGUGAUUGUGUCUUCAGAAGUCGGAUACGAGAAGCCUGAUGAUCGAAUCUUCAAAUGUGCUUUAGAGCAAAUCAGCGUAGAAGCAAACAGAGCAGUGCAUGUCGGAGAUGAUGAAAAGGCAGAUAAAGGCGGAGCAAACGCCAUCGGUAUUGCUUGUUGGUUAUGGGGCAAAGAUGUGCAGACAUUUUCAGACAUACAAGAUCGGAUUUUGGUUCCAGAAUACUAA